CCCGCCGCGUGCCGACCUCAGCGCGACCCCGCCCGCACGCCCGCACCCCCUACAUGACCUGUGCUCACCCCAGCACGACGUGAGAGCCCUUCGUAUGGAUGGCGGGGGUCGGACGCGUCGCUGCAGCCACUAACUCCGAGUGCUAAGUGCGGAAGUGUGUUGAAGGAGGCCAGCCCCGCAGACCCAUGUGGCGCGGGUGAGCUCAAGCGUUUUAAGGGAAAACAGAAGGACGCUUGAGCAGUGACGACAGCCAGCAGGCAGGCGAGGCACCAGCCACCGCUGGGCGCAGCAGGCUGGGCCCGCAAAGAUGGCGGCGAGGGGCGCUUCCAGUACCUCUACCGUGUCCCGUCCCUGGCCGCGCCUGCUGCCUCCCGUCUUCUUCCUCUUCCUCUUCCUUGCCGCAGUACUCCAUUCAGGUGUUUGCAGUGAGGAUGAGGAACGGCUGGUACGAGAUCUCUUCCGGGGUUACAAUAAACUCAUUCGGCCCGUGGAGAAUAUGACGCAUAAUGUCCAGGUUAUGUUCGGUCUCGCCUUCAUCCAGCUUAUCAAUGUGAAUGAGAAGAACCAAAUUAUGAAAUCCAACGUAUGGCUGAGAUUGGUAUGGAAGGACUAUCAACUGCGGUGGGACCCAGCUGAUUACGGGGGCAUUGGAGUGCUACGCCUCCCCCCAGACAAAGUUUGGAAACCUGAUAUCGUUCUGUUCAACAACGCCGACGGCAACUACGAAGUACGAUACAAGAGUAACGUCCUCAUCUACCCCUAUGGAGAAGUCCUCUGGGUCCCUCCUGCUAUCUAUCAGAGUUCCUGCACGAUAGACGUGACGUACUUCCCGUUCGAUCAGCAGACUUGCCUCAUGAAGUUCGGUUCCUGGACCUUCAACGGCGAUCAAGUGUCCCUCACGCUCUACAACGAUAAGAAUUACGUGGAUCUCUCUGACUACUGGAAGUCCGGGACGUGGGAUAUUGUUGAGGUACCAGCCUUCCUGAACGUCAUUCCGAGCGAGAAGGGCGCCACGGAGACCGACAUCACCUUCUACAUCACCAUCAGGAGGAAGACUCUGUUCUACACCGUCAACUUGAUUCUUCCAACGGUCCUCAUUUCGUUCCUUUGCAUUCUCGUCUUCUACUUGCCGGCCGAAGCAGGAGAGAAGGUGACACUCGGUAUCUCCAUUCUGCUGUCACUGGUUGUGUUCCUGUUGCUGGUGUCGAAAAUCCUGCCCCCGACCUCUCUGGUGCUGCCGUUGAUCGCCAAGUACCUCCUGUUCACCUUCGUCAUGAACACGGUGUCCAUCCUCGUCACCGUCGUCAUCAUCAACUGGAACUUUAGGGGCCCGCGGACGCACAGGAUGCCCAACUGGAUCCGCGCUGUGUUCCUCAAGUUCCUGCCCAUCAUGUUGUUCAUGAAACGACCGAGGAAGACACGCCUGCAUUGGAUGAACGACAUGCCUCCUGCCAUGGUAGAUCCCCAAGUGACAAACAACCCUCUCGGUCUCCCUCUCACAGCUGGCGUUCCUCCCCACCAUCACUUCGGCUCUCCGGAACUUAACAAAUCCACGAGCAAGAUUGAGCACAUGGAACUGUCCAGUCUGCAUCAUCCCAAUUGCAAGAUCAAUCGAGAGUCUCCACUGUUGCAGAUGCCUCGUCGUGAGUCUGAGAGUUCAGACUCGCUUUUCAUGACUCCUGAAGCUUACAAGGCCACGGAAGCUGUCGAGUUCAUCGCUGAGCAUUUGAGAAACGAGGACGAGUACAUACAGGUGCGGGAGGACUGGAAAUACGUUGCCAUGGUGAUCGAUCGUCUCCAGCUUUACAUUUUCUUUGCAGUCACCACAGCAGGCACUAUCGGGAUUUUGAUGGAUGCCCCGCACAUAUUUGAAUAUGUAGACCAGGAUAAGGUUAUUGAAAUGUAUAGAGGGAAGUGAAGUGUAGUGUGGGUGGUCUGUGUGUUGGCAUUCAUGUGUAUAAUGUAAAAUUUGAAGAAAAAAAAAUGAAGAAGCAUAAAAAAAGGCAUAAUGAAGAAAGAGAAAGAGAGGAAAGGGUUUUAAAAAAUUGUGAAGAAGGAUCUUUUGUUUCUUCAAAUACACGGUGACAGAUAUGUCUUUUGAUUUUGAGACGAUACUGAGAUGAUGGUAUCUUGAGGAGUAUCAUCUCUGCCCAGAUGCUGUCUCUCUCUCUCACACGCUGUCUGUCUAUCUCUUUCUAUCCAUCCACCAAUCUACCUAUCUUCAUCGCUACGGAAGUGAUGGUAUAUAAAAAAAAGAAAAACAUUUUCGUCGCGAGAACAAACGGGAGAUAAAGGAUAAUCGAAGGAAGGAAGAGAGAAGAUAAAGAAAAGUGUUACAUGAAAGAGAGAGAGAGAAGAAGAAGAAAGAGAAGAAAAAGGGACAUUAUCGUUGUUACACGAAAGAGAAAAAACGGAAGAAAAAGGAACAGCGGUGUAAAACAGAAGAGAUCAGCGGAAAAUUCUUCCAAGAAGCGGACUCUCUCGGACACUCUCGCCGUCGUGAUGUUGGUGCCGACCUCACUUGCUUGUGAUCCUGGUUGUGUGCAUCCCCCUCACCCUGCAGCCAACAGUAUUUCGAAGUCCCCGGGGUCUUCAAGACGUUACAGGUGGACUUCUCAAGAUUUUUUUCCAACUUGGAGCUCAUGUGUGUUAAGAAAAGGAAAUGAAACAAAUGAAGAAUGACGACGGAGAAGAGAAGAGAGUAGAGGAAUAAGACCGAAGGGCACAUCGCAAAGGAAAGAAGAGUGAGGUGAUCUAAGGUCAAACAGUUUCGCAGACGAAUGACUUUGAGUCGCUCAUGAGCUUCCUUAUCCUCCCUGAGGUCACACACUUUUAGACACUUGUAGACACUUGUACACACACUUUAGAAAUACACAUGCAAACACAAACAAAUACACGAUCAUGUAGACAUUUAUGAAUGGUUAUAAACACAUGUUACAUGACUUGUGUUGUGAAAUGUGAUGUGGGAAAAAAGCAUCUGGAUUUGGCAGUUGCAGAUUACAGUGUUCAAAUUUAAUAGUAGAGAUCUGAAGGGUAUUAUCUUGUUAAGAAGAGACGCACAUGUCUGCAUGCUACUGUGUGUGUGCGUGUGUGCGUGUUAAAAGGUAUGGCGUGAGAGAAAAAAGGCGACAAUUGCAAACAAUGAAAGUGCCAAGCCAUGAUCAGAAAGAUAAAGAAAAAGGAGUGACACACAGGAAGAUAAUUAAUUUAAAAAAAACAGGAAGAAUGAAGGGAAAUAAAGGACAGCAACAUCGUAAAACACAAACCCACUUGAUCACGUGAUUAUCUACCUUUGUUUUCUUCUUAUUGUUAUCAUUUUUGUCUUGUCGCAUGAGUGAAGCCAACCACCCAAUGUGUGUUUGGAUGCCGGAACAAUCAGGAGAUUGAAAAUAACGAGUAAGUGAGAGAAUUAUAUAAAAAAAGAACAUUUAGAUAUUUGUAGUUUUCAUAGGUGCGAACAUAGUAACAUGUUUCAUAUGUUUACAUAUAUAAAAAAAGAUAUAGGUAUUAAGUCAAUUUGUAUGUGAAUUAUACAUGGUUUUAGAGUUAUGCUCAAAAUGUUAAUAUAUCAUUACCGACAACUCUCUUUUGAGAACCGGAGGAAAUGAACCAGAUGUGGAGACCCCCCCCCUCCUCCUCCCGCCCUUGAGAGAAAAGAGCUUCGGUUCUUAAAAAGGGAAGAAGCUUUGCGGCACCCGGGGCUUUUGUCUUUCCAGAGGCUUCAAUGGGCAAUAGAAACGUUAUUUUACCCAUGACCUAUUGCCUCGCUCACAAGUAUUAGGUGCGUUUCCCUCCCCAAGUUUCGAUUUUCCCUUUCCUCUUCCUCUCCUAUUUGAUCUAUAUGAUUUUAUUGUUAUAUGAUGAAUGGCUCUUUUUUUUCUUUCUUUCUUUUUUUUUUGUAUUCUAUUUCUCUCUCUAUCUAUCUCUUUCUCUCUUCUUCUCUUUUUAGGUGUCUCUUUCCUAGCAUAACCUGUUCUUAUGGAGCUUGCUUAUCGCUUCCCUCGAUACUCCACCUGGAAGUAAUUACAAAUAUUUUUAGAUGGGAAAAAAUAUAAAAAAGAAAAUAAUAGUAAUAAUAAUAUUGAGGCAUAAUAAACAUUGUAUUGUAUUCUGAGUAUCUUAAAAUGUAAAACCUCUUUUUUAUAUAUAGUUUCGCCUUUGUUGUUCAGUUCUACAAAAUGAAAAUGAAAAAAAAAAAAACGUUUCAUCCCCUUUUCAAAGAAAUGAUGCUAAGAUAUUCCAGUCUAGUUUAGGGAUCAUUUCACCCAAAUACUUCUUUGUUUUUCAUUUUAUUUUCAUUUAUUUUCGCUCUCUAGAUAAUAGAUUGAUGCUGAUAUUGACUUGAUUUCGUGACAUAAUUUGCCCUUGUAUGUGUAGAACUUUAUGCCAGCGAUGUGGAAUUUCUCUGUUAUUGUUAUAUUCGAUUAUCAUUUCGUUUCUGUUUCUCUUUAUUUCGUUGUAUCGAUAUGACUUGCAAAUGCGUGUAUUUACCUUUUUAUACCAGCGUUGUGAAAUUUCUCGUUUUACUGUUAUAUCCUUUUUCCUUUCGUUUUAUUUUCUUAUCUUUUCGUUAUUAUGUCGCUAUGAUUUGUUAUUGUGUGUAUUGACUUUUUAUAACAGAGUUGUGAAGUUUCUCGGCUAGUUUUAAGCGGUACUAAAUAGGUUACGGGUACUGGAUUUUCCUACAACGCCACGGUACCUUCAACUGCUAAGAAACACAACCGAAAAAGAAAUUAGUUUCCCCUGUUUUUUUUUCCGUUUUCGUUCCGUCGUCGCUUGUUUUAAAUGUGAUUUUUUUCGUUCGUAUAUAUGUGUGUGUAUAUAACUAUAUCGUGUGUGCGUGCGUGUAUGUAUGUAUGUAUGUAUGUGUAUAAGUGUAUUCACAUGCACACACAUACAUCGGCGUGUGUAUGUGUGAACUCUCAGGUACACAUACACACUCACUCACACACACCUUUUUUUCCCCCCCUCUUUGUAUCUAUGUAUUGUAAGUAUGAUUUUUGUUUUCUGUUCUAACCCCUCCCCCCCAUAAUGUAAGGGUUCUAAGUAAGGAUAUGUUCGAAUGCUUUUAUCCCCGUUGAGGAAAAGAAAUAUGUAAGUGUGACUUCCUGAUUAAGAAAACACAAGUAUUACCAACAGCUCCUCAAGGUGUGACGUGUAUAUGCCCUUCUUGUUCGGUAGUGGAAUCAAAAUGAAAGUCACCCUUUUUUUUAUGUCUAUAAAUCCACGGUUUGAUUUCAUUCUAUUCAUGUCUUCUUCCGAUGUUUGUAUUCUUUAUUCCUCCAUCUCCCAGGCCUUUCUCUUUCUAUUUCUCUUUCUCUCUGUCUGUCUGUCUGUC